AUGGACGCUCUUAAGUCGCUCGUGCAGCCUCUUGUCGGCGCCGGCGGAGGCUCGUCAAUGGUUGACGGCGUUAAGCUCGUCGUCCUUGGUGGCACCGUCGAGACUGCGCGCCGUAUGGCGAGCUCAGGAUGGUCGCAUUUCAUUAAUUCAUUUUUCCUCACCGCACACUUCUCUGAAGAGGACUAUCCAUAUGACUGGCUGAUGUUGUGGCUCUCGCGACGCCCUGAGUGGCAGCGUUCGCGUGAGUUCGAGACGACGACGCGUACUGCGAGCCACGGUUGGGGCUCGACUGUCGCGGACAACUCGUUCGGCGACGAGGAAGAGGACGAAGGCGAUGCGGAUGACACGCCCGGCAAGGUUAAGACGCGCGUCAUCUUCCAGCCGACGUCAAACACAACGCACACCAUCUACUACAAAGGCCAUUGGCUGCGCGUGAAGCGUGGCCGCAGAACCGAUGGCAGUGGUUGCGAGACGCUGUCCAUCAGCGUGGUCGCACGCAACAACUCGAUUCUCAAGCAGCUCGUCCUGCAGGCGAAGAAGGAAUAUGAGGCUGAGGCUGUGCAUCGGAUACAAAUCUACUUCGCUGACUCACAUGGCUGCUGGCGCUGGACAGACUCUCGGCACAAAAGGCCGAUGUCGUCUAUUGUGCUUAAUCCGGGUGUGAAGGAGAUGCUUCUCGCCGACACCAAAGACUUCCUAAAGUCGGAAAAGUGGUAUGCCGACCGUGGCAUCCCUUUCCGGAGAGGCUACCUAUUGCAUGGUGUGCCCGGGUCCGGCAAGAGCUCAUUGAUCCACGCGAUAGCUGGAGAGUUGAUGCUUGACAUCUACGUGGUGUCGUUAUCGUCGUCGUGGAUCAGCGAUAGCACAUUGACGACGCUGAUGGGUCGUGUACCAGCGCGUUGCAUAGUGUUGCUCGAGGACCUAGACGCAGCAUUCACGAGGAGCACGUCGAGAGAUGGCUCUGCAACAGGAAGCCCAGAGAAUAGCGAGACUACCGCGACAGUCGAAUCUUCCGAGUCGCGCCAUAGCAGACGCCAUAAGGACAAUCUGUCUGACGUGAACACCCUCAGUCUGAGUGGGCUGCUAAAUGCACUAGAUGGCGUGGCCGCGUCAGAGGGUCGCAUCCUGUUUGCGACUACAAAUCAUCUUGAGCGUCUUGAUCCUGCACUGUCUCGUCCCGGACGCAUGGACGUCUGGGUAGAAUUCAGGAACGCCUCUAAGUGGCAGGCUGAGCUACUCUUCCGCAACUUCUUCCCGUCAACAGAUGACGACAACGUUGUGAUUGAGGGUGACCUUGAUGGUGUUGAGCUUCCCACUCCGCCAUCACCGUUAGCCGAGUCUGCUUCGAGUUUGUCGAGUCUCUUCUCGUUGCCGUCGACACCAACGACGCCUUCAGCGACGGUCGGCUCGCUGCCAUCUGCACCUCCAACGCCUAUACGCGCACGCACGCGGACCUCGUCGUCCAUAAGCAAGUCAAGAGUCCUGAGUCCUGACGACAAGAUCAAGAACCAGGCAUAUCUUCCACCGCCAGUGGACGACGAGAUCGCACAACAUUCGGCAAAACCGCUGGACGGCGCAACGCUUGCCGCGCUCGCAAAGGAGUUUGCGGAUGCGAUCCCAGACGAGGAGUUCAGCGUGGCUGCGCUGCAAGGCUACCUGCUGAAGAACAAGUCACGACCAGAAGCAGGAGCGCAUGAAGCUGCGGCGUGGGUGGUGAGCGAGCGGGAGAUGAAGGUGCGGUUGAAGAAGGAGCGUGAGGCACGCGAGGCCAAGGAAAAGCAGGAGCGCGAAAAGCGGCGCAAGGAGGCCCAGCUCAAGGAGAAGGAGAAGGCUGAGCAGAAGAAGAAGGAGGACGAGGAGGUCCACCGCUGCCUCCUCGAGGAGCGCAUCCGCGUCGAGAAGGCGAAGCUCGAGGCCGAGGCUGCCGGGUCCACGCCCGAGUCGAUCGCCGACACAGAGGGCAGCGCGACGGAGGACAAGGACGAGCAGAGCGGCGACGAGCAGUCGUCGGGAUCGCAGACGCCGGCGGAGGCGGGACAGGUCUGGGUCACGGUCAAUGAGAGCGCGCCUUGACUGCCCCUCCCCUUUUCGGUCGACGACGCCGCGCGCCCUGGCGUUGUCUGUGUCCAACGGGGCACUGUAGAUGGUGCUGGCUCAAGUCUGGUUUCCCUUGCUAUGGCAGCCGUGCCUGCGUCCGGGGGUGCGCUUGCUCCCGCCGGUCCCGAUUCCGCACUCGCACAAAGACAUGCGGCCGGGUUCACGCUGGUGCGGCUGGUGUUUCAGUAUUGCUUGCUCCAUCUGUAUGUUCUCCUGCAAGUCGUUCUGUUCAGGGGAGGGAGGAACGGUGGGUGAUGUAAGGACGCUACUGUGUGCUCUCCUCCGUCCCUUCCCUCCUAAGUGUCGCAUAUCCAUUACGAAUUGAUGUUGGUACUCGUUUACGCCGUAGCUCAUGUCUCCACGUCGCAUAAUGCAUUCACGUACCUUAUU